UGCGUAAGCGUUACGCAAAGCCGUCAGGAAAUACCGACUUGGCUACAUCCCUCUCUUAGGAAAAGGGAUAGUAUAGACUACUACCCCAAAUCAUUUGUGAGCUGUAGAGGUGUUUUCAUGCGUUUGUGACUACGGGCACAGGUGCUGGUGCUUGGCUUUGGGGGUUGGAGCUGCCGCUAGGCCCGCUACUUUGUUUCAAAGGGGCAGUAAGUGCGUUGCAGGUAAAGUGGGAAAGGGACUGUUAGCUUUUUCUAAUAGCUUCUGGUUCAUUGGAGUGCAGGCCAACUUAGAUCCAGCCUCGACCUCAGAACACCUCAGCCCAUCUCAUGGACGUCUUCACCUGCGCUUUAGCUGUGCUUUUAUGCACUAUUGUGAGUGGGAAGCCCAUGGUACGAAAAGAAAGAGUCAUUCACGACCCAGAGACUAUGAGACAAGCCCACGAAGAUAAUAAAAGCUUCCAGUUCGACCACGAGGCAUUUCUGGGCAAAGAUGAAGCUAAAACAUUUGACCAACUCACACCAGAGGAGAGCAAAGACAGGCUUAGUAAAAUUGUGGACCGUAUUGACCUGGAUGCAGAUGGCCUUAUAACUACUACUGAACUGAAGGCAUGGAUAAAACGUGCCCAAAAACGCUACGUGUAUGAAAAUGUGGCAAAGGUCUGGACUGACUAUGACCUCAACAAAGACAACAAAAUUUCAUGGGAUGAGUACAAACAAGCAACCUAUGGGUAUUACCUUGCCAAUCCUGAAGAGUUUCAGGAUGCAAGUGAUCAGUUCAACUUUAAGAAGAUGCUACCUCGUGAUGAAAGAAGAUUUAAGACUGUUGAUCUGAACAAUGACAAUGUGGCGGAUAAAGAGGAGUUCACAGCCUUUCUUCACCCAGAGGAAUUUGACCACAUGAAAGAUAUUGUGGUUCUGGAAACCCUGGAAGAUAUUGACAGAAAUGGUGAUGGACAUGUUGAUGAGGACGAGUACAUUGCGGAUAUGUUUGCUCAUGAGGAAGGCGGCCCUGAGCCAGACUGGGUCAAAACUGAGCGGGAGCAGUUUUCUGACUUCAGAGAUUUGAACAAAGAUGGGAAAAUGGACCUGGAUGAAAUUCGGCACUGGAUCAUGCCUCAAGACUAUGACCACGCUCUGGCUGAAGCCAGGCAUUUGGUCCAUGAGUCAGACCAGGAUAAGGAUCAAAAGUUGACUAGGGAAGAAAUCCUUGAAAACUGGAACAUGUUUGUGGGAAGCCAAGCUACCAACUAUGGAGAGGACCUCACCAGGAACCAUGAUGAGCUUUGAGAGGAAACGACUAUUUGAAAUCUCUUUGCCAACCACCAUCACCCUCCUCCAUGAGGACAGAAUUACACUGUGACUCUGAGUGAGAGGGGUUCUGGCCCGGUCCUUCUACUAAACUAAGGCUGCCAUUAUAGAUCAUGUUUCUGACAUUCAGGGAAUGAACUGGUCCUAAUGGACACGUUUAUCAACAGUGAUGCCUUUAGUGGCAUCUCUGAGAUGUGUAGAUGGAGUUUUAGAAUUAAUGUGAAACUGCAGCUCCAACAAUGACUUUUUAUUUAUUUAUAAGAGGUAUUGGGGAAAUGUUACUGUUCACCAAUGGUUUCUCAAAGGCGUUGGCAUUUUUUACUUCUUUUUCUUGUCAAAUUAUAUCUGCGUUUUAUUAUUAUGAUUUUAUGAUUUGGUUCUUUUAGAACCUGUGAACUUUUCUUUUCCUUGGUGUUUAAAAUAUGAAUUUACAGAAGCCUGCCUAUAUUACAUGUGAUGUUUACUUUGCAGCUAUAGUAGAACUCUUACACUUUUUAUUUGUGUUAACUUAAAUACUAGAAUACUACCCUCUUAUAUUAUAACAUUGAGUGUGUGAGUCUUUGAAAUUUUAGAUUAAAUUAGUUUGUUGUUCUUACACCGUCUGCAAAUUCUAUUUCAAAAUCAAAAUUUUGCUUAUUGUUAAUGUUUACAGGACUGUCUUAAAGCUCUCCACUAAAGUUGUUAUUCAUUCACUCCA